AUGGCUGAACAGUCCGUACAAGAGACAGCCGUUGUGCUGACCCUCCCAACUUUCGACAUGGCUAAUGUAAACGUGUGGUUCGCCCAGACUGAAGCCAUAUUCCAAGCAAAGCAUAUUCACUCUCAGACUGCGCGUUACGCAUACAUAGUCGAGAAGCUACCACCAGAGAUCGCUGCUGACGUGCUAGACCUUCUAGAAGCCGUUCCCGCUCAUAACCCCUUUGAUGUACUAAAGGAAGCCAUCAUCUACCGUACUGGAAAAUCGCAUGAGCGCAGGUUGCACGAUCUAUUUAAUACUAUACAGCUCGGAGAUAGCCGCCCGUCGCAAUUACUCAGACGAAUGAAGAGUCUGUUAGGAAAGAACUCGAUGUCGGAAUCACUAUUCCGCAAACUUUGGCUGGACAAGUUACCGCCAUACACUUCACAGAUUCUGGCUACGCUUCCCGAUGACUUAGAUCUUUCGAGAAUUGCUGAGAUCGCUGAUAAAAUUAAUGACGUACCCAGCAUCAGCAGCGUGGACUCCCCUGUACCCACUGACGCUGCUAUGAUGGAUGUAAUAGAACAGCUGAAACAGCAACUCGAGAGGCUUUCCACCCAGGUGCAGCAUCUUACCAGACCAGAGGAUAAAAACUCAUACAAGGUACGGCGACGCUCUCAUUCUGCUACUCGCGCUCGCCGACCCACGCUAUGCUGGUACCAUCUUAACUUCGUGCCAACCUUCACCCAAAGCAUUACGGAAGGCGGGAAACGCCGAUCCCAGCAGCACUUGAAGGCGGCAUCUACUGUUGGGACACAUAUUACUAACCGUCUCUUCUAUAUAAAAGACAGGAAUUCUAACAUGUCAUUCCUAAUAGAUACGGGAGCACAGCUUAGCGUUGUUCCACCAUCACCCAACUUCACUAAGACUAACUCUUCAGUCACUUUACGCGCCACUAAUGGUACGAACAUCAAGACUUUUGGCGAACAAUCGUUAACACUGGAUAUUGGACUUAGAAGGACAUAUCAAUGGAUAUUCACUGUUGCAGACGUGAAAUUCCCCAUAUUAGGCGCCGACUUUCUGGCACAUUAUCAACUCAUCGUGGACCUCUCACAGCGUCAGUUAUCUGACUCCACCACGAAGCUAUCUAACCGCGGAAUUGUAUCACAGCUAACAUCCACAGAAUUACGCAUCGCUGUGCCGCGUGAUAAUCCGAUUCAAGAUAUUUUGGAUAAAUUUCCCUCGUUGAUACAACCUUUUACUUAUACAGAGCCUGUCAAGCACAGCACUGUACACAGGAUUCGAACUACCGAACAGCCUGUCUAUUCUAAACCUCGCCGUCUUGCGCCGGAUAAAUACAAGAUUGCCCGGGCCGAGUUCCAACACAUGCUCGACCUCGGGAUUAUUCGCCCAUCCUCGAGUCCAUAUGCUUCACCGCUUCACAUGCUGGUACUACCAGGUCAAUAUUUUUCCGUAACAUCUACACAAGAACCUUCAUCCAGUUUCAUCACCUAUUUUCGGAAAAAAAUGUCUUCUCUUGCCUUUACUCCAACCCGUUACACUUCACGUGACGUUUAUGUACCUCCUUCCUUACUGGAAUGCGAGUACGUUUUUGUGCGACAGGAUUCUGUUAGAAAGCCACUGACACCACAUUAUGCGGGUCCAUUUCGUGUCCUUGCCCGGACCGAUAAAUAUUAUACUUUACAGACUAACCACGGCCGAUCGACUUUCUCUAUCGAUCACUUAAAACCUGCAUGUAUUGAACGCGAUGGAUCAACCAAUCAACCUAGAGCCCUUUCGUCACCAGCACCUACUAGGACUGCUAGCGGACGUACCGUCCACUGGCCUAAGAAGUUCAGAACUUUCAUUACAUAUUGA